AUGGUUCCUCUCAUGGCCAAAUCCUUGAGAGAACUUGAGAUUGAGUACAUCUUGAGUGAAAAUCACCGAAACCAUGAUGUCUCGAACAAACUUCUCCUGAUGGAAGAUGACGUCUUUCCAAACUUGGAAACCCUACGCAUCAAAUGCACACCUCGCGUGGGACGAUUUCCAAUGGAGCUUGUCAAAGCUAUCUCAAAGAAUGCCCCAAAAUUAAGAUCUCUCAAGAUACAGCAUUUCGACGAUGCAUGGUUUGACGGAUCGCAAACUUGGGAAAAGCUCACCGAUAUUUCCAUCUGGUCGAGUUUAAACACGCAACCGUUCAUCAUGGAAAUUAUCUCGACGCCAAAGCACUUAUGUCAUUUCGGACUUGACAGAUGUGUGUCGAGUGUCAGUCAGAUGGUGGAUAUGAUUGACGCGUUGGUCGAACACAAAGAGACACUUAAAGCUCUAAGUGUCCGGUUCCCCGAUCGAUCGACUGGAGAAACAGCGAGUCUGCUUCUACACAAGCUCUGUAAUCUGGAAACCUUCACGACGCAGUUACAGGACGCCGGCACACAGGACGAAAACAUUCUACGCCAGUUCCCAAAAUCUUUACGAAAGCUGCGUAUCGUACGAGCACGAGACCGCCACCAUAAUCAUUCUCCAUAUCGUUAUUGGUUGGAGGAGCACCUUCGGAGACUCAGGAAGACGGGCAAAUAUCGUAAUUUGCAAGUGUUUGUUUGUGAUACUUGGGAGGAAAAGGAAGGAGAAGAAACACUCGACUUUGAUGGACGAGAUGAGGAUUCCAUCGAGAAAGGGUAUUUGGGAGAGGCAGUCGACUGGCUGUAUUUGAUGCCGUGA